CCGGUCUCCUGGGAGGUUCCUCGAUGUGUGCCGGUGUGUGCAUGCGCGUCUCGUCUUCUCCCCUCUUGGCGUCGCCUCGCCAUACCAGCCCCGCCCCCCCCGGUCUUUGCGCCGAGCUGGCAACAGGCGCCCCAGCGCGGAUCAGCUAUAUGGAGUACCAGGGGCCCCGCCCGCUGGCGUAGCCCAGGAAUCCGUCAUCCGCCACCUCCUUUCCCUCUUUGCCUCCCCCCUCCUUUUUUCCUCCCAGACACACACACACAUACAUAUACGCAGCCUCCUCCUCCGGUCCUUGCCCGCGCCCCGGUCGGCCGAGUCGCAUGCCACUCGGCCAUCCCUUCCCCGAGCCCCCCCCCAGCCUGAUUGUGCCCCUCCUCCGGGUGUUUUGCUACCUGCUUGCCAACCGCGCGGCUCAUGCCCCUGCCAGCGGCGCUGCCUGCCCCCGGGGUGCCGGGAGGGCCGCGGCUGGCCGCGGUCCUGGGCCGCGCGGCUCUCGAGGCGGCCACCGCCGGCAGCACCCUGGACCCCGGGCGCGGCCUGCGUGUCGUCCUCAUUGCCAGCCUUGGGACUGUGAUCGGCGCGGCGGCCGUUCUGCUGCCAGCCGCCCGAAGCCCACGAGCUCUGUCGGCCUCGCUGGGUCUCGGCUGUGGCGCCAUGCUCUGGGCGGCUCUGGCGGAAAUUGUUCCCGAGGCCCGGGCCGCUCUGGGCGGCCAGGCCGGUGACCCGGGCCACCCGCCCCCCAGCCCGUACGCCGUGAACCUCACCGUGCUGGCGUGGUUCUUGCUCGGGGUGGGCCUGGUGGUUUUGCUCGAGGCCCUGUCCGAGCGCGUGCUCUCCAACACCGAGGAGGCCACCGAUCCCGAGUCCAACCUGGCUGAAAUCGAUGAGCAUGGCAUCCUCCGGCCGGCCUCCUUCGCCGACACAACCCCCUCAAGGGUGUCUUCCUCCACCUGUGCUGGAGAUGCGACCAGCGCCCAAGUAGCCAGGUUCGUUUCAUGAUCCCCUCCUUUCGGUGCCCUUUCACGAGUGUCCUUGUGUGUGUGUGUGUG